AUCUCCAUGAUUCCUCAAUGCGGGUAUUACAGGACACGACUCAACGAAUGCGAUCACUCUCUGCUAACGGACAUAGGCGGAUUUCUCAUCGGCCCACUCCACACCCACCGCCGCCGUCUUCCUUCUUCCCUGAAACGGACGCCACCCUCACGACCACCGUUGCCACCUUCUGCCUUCUCAUCGCCGCUGUCGCCACUGCUUACUUGCGGUGAAAGCACAAAAGGGGAAACAGAGCCGCCGGUGGUAAGUGUCUGUAACUACAUAUAACAUCAAAAAAACUGCUUUGGUGUUAGGUGGCAUCAUUGCAUUUAGUCACAAAAGAGUUAAUACAUGAAAGGAAUUCAUGAAUCUUCUGAUUCAAUCUCUCUUCUGCUGCUUCAUCCACUUUCUUUUUAAAAAAUGAUGCUGAGAAAGAUUGCUGGAAGAAUACAAAGUGGAAGAUCAUCAAAAAGAUUUAAACUUUUAUGCAACAAACACUUGUACUCCACAAACAACAAACAAGUAAGCAUUGAAGCAAACAAUAAUGGAGAUGGAGAAAAAAAGAGUGAUGGAUCUUUAACUCACCAUGACUCAUAUCGAGAUCUUGAGAAGCUUGAUUUCAUGACUGCUGCCAAGAUUCUCUUCACCACUCCACCUAAACAGAAGAAAUUCGGGCUUGAUUUUCAUCUUGUUCAACUCUUCUUCGUUUGCUUACCUUCACUUGCUGUCUAUUUGGUUGCACAAUAUGCGCGUCAUGAAAUGAAGAAAAUGGAUGCAGAAUUGGAGAGGAGACAGAUAGAAGAGGCGAAGAAGAUGAAGGAAAAAGAAGGGGAAGUAUUAAAGUCUAAUCCACAGUUAAUGGAGGUGAAAGAAAGACUUGAUAGCUUGGAAAAAACUGUUAAGGAAAUUGUGAUGGAAUCAAAAUUCCAACGAAGUGUAAAAGUUGAAGGUGAAAUACCACAGAAAAAAAUGGCGGAUGAGAAAAAAGAAAGAAAUGGUGGUGAUAAUAUUAAUAUUAAUCAGAAUGUGGCAAAAAGUGGAGGCAAUGAGAAGUAGAGUAGAGACCAAUUUCUGCUGUUAUGUUAAGGAGUAAAGUUUUAGUUACUGUUGUAAUUAUUUUAUGCACUUGUAGGAGGAGGGUUUUUAUAUUUUACAGAGGGAAUUGAAUUUAUUGGGGAUUUAAAGAUUUCAUUACAUGAAAUGUCAUGUGUUUGGGUUUUGGGGAAUUUGGGAGAAUAUGGAUGGAUUUCAAAGUGUGGUUGUUUUCA